AUGGAGAUUGGGCUGGACCUUGAACAACACCAGGGAUUCUGGGAUGCUGCGUAUGAAAGAGAACUGCAAACUUUUCAAGACAUUGGAGAUGCUGGUGAAAUUUGGUUUGGAGAAGAAAGCAUGGUUCGUAUAAUCAGAUGGUUGGAAAAACAAAAGGUUCCCCUUGACAGCUCUGUGCUUGACAUUGGAACGGGAAACGGUGUUUUACUGGUUGAAUUGGCAAAGUCUGGCUACAUGAAUCUCACUGGGAUUGAUUACUCUCCUUCUGCAAUACAACUUUCAGAAAAAGUAAGAGAGAAAGAAGGGAUGUCUAACAUUAAAUUAAAGGUAGAAGACUUCCUGGCUCCAUCAGCUGAGUUAUCAGGAUUUGAGAUUUGUAUUGACAAGGGGACUUUUGAUGCCAUAAGCCUUAAUCCUGAUAACGCGGUGGGAAAGAGGAAGGAGUACGUGAGAUCGCUCUGCAGUGUAUUGAAACCAGAGGGCUUUUUCCUCAUAACGUCUUGCAACUGGACCAAGGAGGAGCUGUUGAAUGAGUUCAGAGAAGGAUUUGAAAUUCUGGAGGAGCUGCCAACACCGAAGUUUUGCUUUGGAGGAAGAAUUGGAAACAGUGUAACAGCAUUGGUUUUCCAAAGGAAAAAAGUGAAGCCAUCCAUCUUGGACAAAUUAGAUUAGUUGAGAAAAGUCUGAACUUUAAACCUGACAGAAAACCUCAGACACAUGGGUAAAUAAAUGCUCUUUGAGUACACAGUAAAAUACUAUGUAUAGAACUCUAAGGGACUAUAAAACAUUGCCCUAGAAACAUUUCAGAUUUGCAUAACUUGCCCGUAAACUUUGUCCUUGCUACAACCUCACUUGUUUUAGGGAAGCUGCAAGUUUGUACAUGAGAGAGAAAUAAGGCAUUCUGAAUAUGCAGACUACUAUAACUGAAUGAUAUUUGCGUUUGGAACAUAAAGAUUAUCUGGUAUUUAAUUUCUGUAUUGGUAAUCAGUGAGCAAUAGAGGUAAAAGUAUUCUACGAAGCAAAAAUCUAAUUUCUCCAUUGUGUGGUGUAAUAGGGAACAAGCUUUUGCAAUGUAAGUGCUGGAUCUUUUAUUUUUUUCUUACGUGAACAUGAAUGUAGCUGUUAAGGAGGGAAAUGGAUGUAAAAGCUGUAGCACUUGCAAAAAGGGACCAGUUAGUGCUUUAAAUUCAGGCUUUCAGAGGUUCUCAGACUCAGCGUAGUUCUGUCUCCACUGCAGUAGCUCAACUCUUUUCCCACAGCGGGAGGCUCUUGAGUGUUUUUGAAAAUCUCACUUGUAUGACUGUGUGCAUGCUUCAUCAGUUAUUUCCACUGAUCCCAUAAAUAUAUAAAGGUGUGAUGUUACAAUCUCACUAGCAUGGGACAUAAGCCUCUUUCAUUAUUAAUUUGCUAUAGAGUAAUGUCUUAAGAGCCAACAAUGACUGUAUCUUUUCCAGUGAAUUUCUCAGGACAGAUUUUAGCUGCAUAAAUCCAGAAGAAUUCAAA